AUGACUUCGUUCAUUUGUAUAAACUGCGGUACUCAAUUUUCUCCUUCAAAUUCGCCGCCCGCUCAUUGUCUGAUUUGUGAAGAUGAACGAGAGUUUGUUGGUAUAAAUGGACAACAGUGGACGAGUCGUGAAGAAAUGAUCUCGUCAAAUAAGUACAAAAAUAAAAUUAUUGAAGAAGAACCAGGUAUUUAUUCAAUUUUACUCGAACCUUCAUUUGGUAUUGGUCAACGUGCACUUCUUGUUCAAACACCCAACGGGAAUAUUCUUUGGGAUUGUGUUAGUUAUCUUGAUCAACAAACUAUUCAAUAUAUAAAAGAAAAAUUUGGUGAUUUAUCUGCUAUUGCUAUUUCACAUCCACAUUAUUAUACGACCAUGAUCGAAUGGAGUCGAGAAUUCGGAAAUAUACCAAUUUAUAUUCAUCAAUUAGAUAAACAAUGGGUAAUGAGACCUGACAAAUGUAUUGAAUUCUGGAAUGGUGAUACUCUUGAUCUAUUAAAUGGUGAACUUAAACUCGUUUGUACCGGUGGUCAUUUCAAAGGUUUUCAAGUUCUUUAUUGGCCUCGACGGCAAAUACUGUUCAGUGGUGAUCAACCACAAAUUUGUAUGGAUCCAAAACAAGUUAGUUUUAUGUAUUCAUAUCCAAAUUUCAUACCAUUAAAUGCACGGAAAAUUAAUCAUAUUAUGAAAUGUUUACAACCGUUAGAUUUUGAUCGACUAUAUGGAGCAUUUAAAAAUCGAGGGCUUAAGGGUGUUAUUGAAACAAAGGCAAAGGAAAUUGUUGAAAAAUCAGUGAAAAGAUAUUUAAAAGCAAUUAGUGACGACAACGAUGAUUAG